AUGUGGUGCAGUCGUUGCCAGAAUGCUUGGUACUGCUCCCCGGAACACUUGAACAGCGACUGGCCGCGUCACCGACGUGAGUGUGUGCCGGCAGCUUCGACGCAUCAACAGUACAAUGUCAUUGCCACGCCGCCGCCGGCCCAACCUCAACUUAUCACUGUGUCCGCUAUUCUAUUUGCUCCUGAAGAAGAGCGCCCUCGAAUAAUCACCAUCAACUGUCAGCCCACACAAACACCUGCGCAGGGUAUUUGUCCCACUCCACUCGUGUCACAAUACUUUCCAGGCGGCCAGACUGGCAGUGUUGUGUUGACACAAGGUCUCAACGGCGAGCCCCUAAGAUUCCCGUUGCAAGUUUGGUACUCUCCAGUUGCUUUGUCCUCCAAUACACCUAUCAAUCGGGCCAUCUAUCGCAUAACAUCUGGCGCUGCAGCAAAAGCUUGGUGUGGAUCAGUCAUUGUGCUGAAAUAUAACGGAUCACGGAGACAAGGGUACUCAGACGCCGGGUCAAACGACUUGCCCGCUUUAUCUGCUUAUUUCCUCGCCUACAAAUGA